GUUAUUGUGUACAGGUCUUUAUCCAAUAACAUUUAUGCUAAUCUUGCUCUUGAAACAUGGCUCCUUGACAACGUCUCCUAUCUUGGUAGGCGUGUCCUGUUGCUAUGGAGAAACGAGCCAAGUGUUGUAGUGGGAAGGUUUCAGAACCCUUGGAUGGAGGCAGAUUUUGAAAAAUUGAGAUCAACGGGUACAAAAAUGGCAAGGCGGAGGUCAGGGGGUGGAGCAGUGUAUCAUGAUAUGGGUAACCUCAACUGCACAUUCUUUGCUCAUAAAAUGGACUACAACAGACACCGUAACCUCCAACUUGUCGCUGAUGCUGUUAACAAUAAUUGGGGGGUGGGGCUGUACGUCGGACAGCGAAACGACAUAUUAUGCAAAGGGAAAAAGGUAUCAGGCAGUGCCGCACGCGUCGGUAAAGAUCACACCUAUCACCACUUCACUUUACUGAUUGACACUGAUAAAGUGAUGUUGGAUACCAUUUUACAACCUAACCCUAUGUUUAGUUUUGCAUCAACGACUGCCACACAGAGUAUCCCAUCAGAGACUCUUAAUAUAAAAACCUUACUGAAAGAGAACGAGAUGCAAUACGAUGACAUAUGCAAAGCAAUAGCUGCUCAAUUUUACGAGUCGCACGACUUGAAAGACAAAAGACAUCACCAAAUGGUUGAUAUAGAGCCAUUCUCACCCACUGGAUCUCCUUCGCCUCUCUUUCCAGGCAUAAGUGAACUGGAAAAAGAAUUUAAAAGUGUACAAUGGAUCUGGGACAAGACACCAAAGUUUAACGUAACAAUUGGAGAGGAGACAAUGCUAGUUGAAAAUGGAAUAAUAACCGAAUCAAGUGAUCACUCAAUAGUGGGAAUCAAUUUCAGAGAAUACAUUACUAAACAAUGAUCAAAAAAGAACUUAUUGUUAAAAUUAAUUUUCUCUUUAUUUAUUCAUAAUAAUAGUAGCAGUAGACUUACACUAUUAUAAGUCAUUAAACUACUCAGCACAAUUAAUUAUAGGGAGUCAAAAAAACUAAACGUAUACAAUAUUUAGGUUAGCGUUAGAAGUUUCUUAAUUAAGGAAUGGGAACUCGUCCUUGAGUAAA